ACUCUAAGCUAACCUAACUUCCCCGGAGUUCAGAUGCUUUUAAAACAUCCUUCCGUCUUCGAUAUACUCAAUUCUGUACGAUUCUGUACGAUCUAACUACGUAGAUUGUGUUAUUCUCCGGUUCGCAUGAUCGAAAGAAAUAUGUAAAAUAAUGACUGAUAUUCCUGGCACCUGUCAACUGAUCAUUUGACAUUGCACAGUAUGUUUCGUUAAGUAACGAAAACAACCCACGAAAUGUUGACACUAGGAAUGUAUCAAUUAACUCAUCCCGAAGUACUGUCCGAAGCUGAGCUUCGUGAAAUGUUGGAAACUACUUGUAUUGAUUUCAAUACUUAUAAACAUUUAUCGAGAUCCAAAUUAAUAGAAUUAUAUAAACGAGUAGCAAUGCCACUACCUCGAAGACAGAAUGAAGGAAAAUCCCAAAAUUCAGAUGCAAACAAAAAUAAUGAAGAAAAAAGCCUGGUUAAUGAAUUGCAUACAAAUUCAGUUUCUUCAAUUAAUGUCAAUAAUACAAGUAAAAAUAUAAGUGAAACGACUCAGCCUUUUUAUGUGACAAAAUCAAAGUCUCCGGUAAACGACCAUAAAUAUAUAUCUAAAAAAUCAUAUUUAUGUAACUCGAAUGACAUUAAAGGCCACGAUAAUACUGAUAAGCGUGUCAACGAUGAGAAGCAUGAAGUAUGUAUUUUUAAUAUGAAGCUCCGCUAAGAAAAAGGCAAAAAAUUACAUGGCCCUAAUAGUAUUACGAUAUCAAAUGUUUAAGGUAGGUAAAAAUUAUUCUCUUGGAUUUACUAUGAAGCGGACACAAAUUUUCAUCAACUUUUUCUAUGUAAUGAUAUGUAAAGUAAAUUAUACGAAUGGGAAAAUUGUAAUUUAGUAAUAAUUUCCAUCGAGUGAAAUGUAUUUUAUUGGCUAACAAAUAACUAACAAGUUUUACUUAUCAUCGGUGUCAAUAAGCGUGUUUCUAGUAUUAUACAUAUAGAAUCAAAGCUGCAGAAAUAAUUUUAUAUGUUUGAAUGUAAGUUGUUACUUUUAAUUGAUUAUCCGAAAAUGUAUUACUUGGAAGAAAUAUUUUAUCUAUAUUUGCUAGUUCUAUUUUAACCAUAAUAUUGUAUUUAUCGAUCAAUGAAACAGCAAUUUUUUAUAAACAUAUUGGUAGAGAAGAAUUGAAUUAUGUAUAAAUCUUUUCAGGACGGAAUAAAAAGUGAAAGAAAAUAAAUUAGAAUGAACUUUUAAUUAUUCAACCUACUGAUGUUUCCAAAAUGAUAUUACGCUCCGAGACCUCCAAGUAGGCGGGCUUCAGGAUGUCCAUGGAUCUCCACUAAGCUUUCUUUCUUCUCCUCGUUACUACUACAACAGAACACUUACAAGUUAUAGUUAGAGUUGAAAUUUUUAAUUUUAAACCGAAAUACAAGCAUUCUUAAAUGAAUGUUCGGUCUCGGCUGGUUUCGAUUAGUAUUCGUCGGGCUUCGUGCUCACAUGACGGAAACGUUACACUUACAACUGGGCCUAAAACUCCAUUGAAUGAUGCAACAGUGAAAGCAAUGGCGAGAUGGAACAAUUAUCGACCGUUUUCAUCUCUACAGAUAUACAAAAUACAUUAUUUAUACAGAUGUAUAAAUAAAAUUGUAAUUGUAUAAUUUCAGGGGGAUUUCUACUUAGACGUAUAUUUUAUAGGGCAUCUGUAUAGAAUUAUACACUCGAAAUUGUUGUCUGCCUGCCCACGCUUUUCGUCGAAAGCUAUUCUUUCGAUGCACACGUGUCAGAGAAUUGAAAACGAGAGCGAAACUU